ACGAAAUUGGAACGGCAGCCAGAAGACUGACGUCGGUGGGUGGACGAUUUGCUGGCGGGAGAAAAAUGAAUAGGAUCAGUGUGGAAGGCUAGUAGCAAACUCCCUGCGGAACAAGUAUACAGUAAUGAAUUGACACAUUACUUGCUAGCUAAAUUACUACAUGUAGGAACAGCUAUGGAAAAAUAGACAAGUUUAAUUGAAGUGCCGUGUUUCGUCUGUCAUUCAUAAGUCACGUCGGGACAGUAUUUUUAUCAGACAGUAUUACAAUGGUCCAAAUAAUUGUCUCAAGUGUGAGCGGCAGCGGCCCGGCAGAGUGGGUCCUGGUGGAGCUGCAGGGAGAGGUGAUAUCCAGGGGGAGCGAUGGGCUGGCUGGGAACGUCAUGGGAGACUUGGUGUACACCAAGGAGGGAGUGCCCGUGCUUAUUGUGGGACAUCACAUCCUGUACGGCAAGGUGGCGAAGCUGGAGAAGCCCUUUGCCGUCCUCGUGAAACACUCAGGGCACGGUAGCGACCAGGUUCCCAUGGAGACUGACCUUCCACAAGGCCCCACCUCCUACUCUGUCACCGCCCUCAUUAAGAAGAAGCUCAUCUUUAAGACACGCCCCAAACCUAUUAUCACUAAUGUGCCCAAGAAGGUGUAACGGCACUUGGCUGACUAUCGGAGUCAGCAAUGGACAAAGGUUGUUUAUAGCGCUGCAAAGCUCAUCAAUUUUAAUGUAGAUUUGGUGGUAGUUUGUCAGUACUGGCAGUCCGUGUAUGCACUUGUCAAUUAAGUUGUUGGAUCUGGCAUUUUGUACUACAUGAGAGAUGUUCAGGUCAGGGACACAUGACACCACAACAAUCAACUAAGAAUAUUUUUUAUUCAAAGAAAACAAAGAUUUCCAGAUGUACGUCAGAAAAUAAACUGUGUUUGAUUGAAGUUGAGAUACAAACCCUCCCCCACAAACAUAGUUUGUCUUGUAUAUUAAAAUACAGUAUAUACAUGAAUGGUCAUCGAAUACCAUUAUCUUUUUAUACUAAUAAAUUAAAGUUGAUCCUACGAUCAUAUGCUGUUGAAAAUAUGUGGGAGUUCUUUGUACCACACUACUGUAUCAGAAAUAUUAACUGUUGACAAAAUGACUUAAGGUCUAUGAUGUGUGUC